AUGGUGAGAAGUGGUGUCCAACCAGAUGAUAUCACAUUUGGAGCUGUCCUUCAUGCAUGCUCAAGCUUGGCAGUACUUGGCCAUGGUAAGAUGGUCCAUGGUUGCAUACUUCACUAUGGCUUUCAUGCUUACGUCUUUAUUGGGAAUAGCUUAGUUAACACGUAUGCUAAAUGUGGGGAUUUACUUCAAGAAGGAUCUGAGGAAAGUCGCGUGGUUUUUGAAACCAUGGGGUCAGUUUAUGGGAUUUCUCCUGAAAUGGAUCAUGUGGCAUGCAUGGUGGAUAUGCUUGGCAGAGGCGGUUACUUAGCAGAAGCGAAAGAGUUGAUUGAUAAGUACUCAGGUGUAGGUAGUGCUCAGAUGAGCUUGUGCGAAGCUCUGUUUGGAGCUUAUUUCGCACAGGGGAAUGUAGGAGUUGGAAGAAAUUUGGGCGAAAGUCUGAUGAUAUUAGAACCACAUAAAGAGACGAGUUAUGUGUUGCUGUCUAAUUUGUAUUGUGCAAGUGGGCAAUGGAAGGAAGCAGAAAUGGUUAGGAAGAUGAUGGUUGAUCAAGGGGUGAAGAAAAUUCCUGGUUGUAUUUGGAUAGAAGUGAGGAACAAGGUAACAGCUUUUGCAGCUGGGAAGCAUUCUAAUCCAUAUACGAAUGAGCAAUGUAAUAUAAUUUCAUUGAUUUUGAAAUGA